AGGAUUAUAACUUUUCGUGAUGUUUAUCACAAUUUGUAUACCAAAGUACCGGUAGUAUAUUUUAGUUUAUUAUUAUACUAUUCAAAUAGCUGUAUAUUUAACAAAUUUUUCAUCUAAGUAUACAAAGUGAAUAUUACAUAUAUAAUAAUAUAAUCUAUCAACAAAUCAAAGAAACAAUUACGAAAUGUCUGGACCUAUGGUUUUAUGUCAGUUAUGGAUGGGUGGCUUGGAACCAUACAUGACAGAAAGCUUUAUAAUGAAUGCGUUUCAUAAAAUGGGCGAACAACCACAAACAGUAAAAGUAAUGAGAAACAGAUACACCGGUGAGCCCGCAGGUUAUUGCUUCGUACAUUUUCCAACUGAUGAAAUGGCUCUUGAUGCAAUGCAUAAAUUAAAUGGUAAAGUUAUUCCAGGAUCUAGUCCGUCCGUUAGAUUUCGGCUUAAUCAUGCCAGUACUACAGGCAAGCCUGCAGCAGAUCGUGAAUUUAGUAUCUGGGUUGGUGAUUUAUCAACGGAUGUUGAUGAUUAUUCAUUAUACCGGGCAUUUGCAGCUAAAUAUAACUCUAUUCGUACUGCUAAAGUCAUUUUAGACAGUUCAGGAUUUAGCAAAGGUUAUGGCUUUGUUAGAUUUGCUAAUGAGGAUGAGCAAAAAAAUAGUUUAGUUGCUAUGAAUGGUUACAGAGGUUUAGGAACAAAAUCUUUGAAAAUAUGCAAUGCAGUUCCCAGGCCAUGGAACAAAUUAACAGGAUCAACUACACCGCAAUCAUCUUCGGAGUAUUCAUCUACAAACAUUAGCACAGAAGGAUAUAAUUAUUAUGAUACUUCGUCUUAUUGGAAUAGUUACAGUGCAUGGCAACAAGGUUAUUACGAGAGCGAACCAACUGCUGAUGUAUACGGUGCUUAUGUUUCUGAACAAAAACCUGAAGAAGAUGAAUUAGAACUUAUUGAGCACUCUCUUCCAGUUGACAGUGAUAAACUUAAUCGAGAAAUUAUUGAACAAGAUUACAAUAUGUGGGAUGCAUUAGAAAGUUCCAAAUGGAUUCCUUGUGACACUCUCGAACUAUGUUAUUAGAAAUUCAAUAAAUUAUAAAUUUUUUUAUAAAAACAGUGGAAAUUUUUAUUCAGAUAACUAAUCUUUUUAAACAAAUUUUUAUAGAUCAAUAGUUUCAGUACUUAAACUAUUAUUAGUUCAACUCGCGUUUACAUUUUUUUUAUAACAAAAAUGAUAAUCAAGUUUUUUUUUAUUAUUGUAAAAAAAAUCUGAAAAACAGUUGACCCUGUGGACCAACCCAAAACUUCCCACUGUUUUCCAGCUUGAAAACGUUAUUAUUGGUAAACUUUUGAGCUCUUCGAGUUUGAAAAAUAACUAAACUAAAAAUAUUUACAUUUCGCUGAAGAAAAUUAAUUUUUGAAACGAAUCGACGGAUCAGCAGUACUUUGCGACAAUCAGAAGAGCCUGUUGAGACUUAGAUUUAAUGAAUGUAAAAAAAAACAAACCGGUUUAGCGAUUCACGAGUUAUGCAACAAUAUCUUGAAGAAACAAUUUGUUUCUAAUUUUUAUUUUUCGUUUUACUUGGAAACUACUAGAUUUAUCGACUCCAAAAUGUUAUCAGUUCUAAGUCUUGGUGAGCCCUUUCGAUUGCCGCCAAAUAAGUUUAAAUCGGUUGAAUCGUUCCAGAGACAUCGGGUACAUUCGAAAAUAUUUUAGCUCUAGCCAAGCGUUGUCAUAUAGCGAGAGCUAGAGCAUUUUCGAAUGCACUCAUCGUCGAAUAAAAAAAAAAUCAACAAUUUUUUUUUUUUGAAAAUUUUCAAUUUUCAUCGCGGGAAGUUGAUAUUAAAUGUCGAUGAGAGAAUUUCAUUACUUAACACUGUU